AUGGCGAAUCCCCAAGUCCUUCUUGCCGAUCUGAAUGCAGGACGGUGCUCGAACGUCGCGGAGGUUCGCUUACUCCGAUACUGGGAGGCGAGAAAUGUGAGAAAAGGUGGUGAAUUGAUGAGUGUUGACAUGCUCUUUGUCGAUGAGAAUUCAACGCUUACGCAAGGAUCUGUUAGUGCGAACCGUCAGCUUAGGUUCAGGAAACGUCUCAGCGAGGGCUCUCUGUACACGUUAACCGGAUUUGACGUCACACGCAGCAACACUAAUUUCCGUUUGUGUGAUGCUCCUUUCUCGAUUCGGUUCAAUGAAGGAACCUCUCUUGAGAAGAUAACGGCGUCUGCUAGGCCCAUACCUACGGAGCUUUUCCGAUUCAUGCCAUAUGGUCGGUUACUUGAGCUCGCAAACACUGGGAAACAACUUCCUGACAUAAUUGGUGAAUUGAGUGCGAUCAGAAGCACAAUCACGGACCGUAUAGCAGGUGCACAGCGUGUGAUGCUCACUCUGCGUCUUGAAAGUGGUGAGAACGUUUGUGUGAGUAUGUUUGACUCAUUGGCGCUUGCGUUUCACACCAAAUUUGACAGCUAUGGGAGAGAGCCGAAAGUCAUAAUUGCUACGGGCGUGAAUCCUAAGAUAGUUGGGGGUCGUUUAUUUUUGAAUGCUACUUCCUCCACACAUCUCUACUUUGACUCUGAGACAGCUGCUGGAAAAAAACUGUUUGACACCUUACCAGGUCAUGGAGCAGUCCCAGGAGAAUCUACUUCAAAGGUGGUUCAUGCCCAGAAGAUUGAACCAAUGACCCUCUCCGAGCUUAACCAGUUUAUUAUCACCGCUGAGUCUCAGAUAAUAGAGUUUCUUUGCACCGCUAAGGUUACUGGUAUCCAGCAAGAUGAAGGUUGGUGUUAUAUUGGCUGCUCCGGGUGUUCAAAGAAGCUUGUCCGAGAGAUAUCUUCUUUCACAUGUUUAUCAUGUAAUGAAACUAAUGCUGUUGCGGCACUCAGGUACCGAGUCGCAUUGUCUGUGUCAGACAACACUGAUACUGCAUCUUUCCUAGCUUUUGAUACAGAGAUGGCUAAACUAACCAACCUUCAAGCUUCUGAGGCUGCUCAGAUUGUGGGGAUAGGGGUUGAUGCUCAGGUUGACACAGAACUUCCUCAGUCCCUUGCUGAUAUUGUUGGAAAAACCUACACUUUCCAGCUCAAAUUGAACGAUUUCAAUUUCUCCUCGAAGCACCAGACCUUCACCAUAUCUCGCAUCUUUCCUGAGCGAGUGCUUGCGCCCAUGCCAGCCUUUGUGGAAGAUGGAACUGUUCCUGCCGAUGCUCAGGCUGGAGAUUUGCCACAUGGAACAAUUGGCAACGUUGGAAUCACUUCUACUGGAGCAGAUAAGCCAACUACAUCUGAUGCUUCAACUGGUAAACGUCCACCACCGGCCAAAGACCAGGACGAUGACGACAAAACUGCCCCGAAAAAGGCACAUGUGGAAUGA